AUGUUCGCCAAGGUCUUUGCCAUCUCAGCCCUUGUAGCUAUUGCUCAGGCAGGUUUGUUGGACUAUGCAUCUCAUCCUUCAUCCUUCUCUACCUCUCACAUUGCCGCCCCUAUUCUUUCUCAUACAUAUGCUGCUCCUGUUGUCUCUCACGCUUAUGCCGCCCCAGUACAUCAUGAUGAUUAUGACGCUCAUCCCAAAUACCAAUUCAGUUAUGGAGUCCAAGAUGCUCAUACCGGUGACCACAAAUCCCAGCACGAAGAACGUGACGGAGAUGUUGUGAAGGGUUAUUACACUGUUGCCGAGCCUGACGGCACCCUUCGUACUGUCCAUUACACUGCUGAUCAUCACAAUGGUUUCAACGCAGUCGUAGAAAAAUCUGGACACCCUGUACAUCCCGCUCCAGUAGCUGCUGCUCCACAUUACUACCAUUAG